AUGUCCUGUGUAGGAUCUGGAUUUCAGAUUUCCAGCUACUAUAUACACUGGGUUCAACAGGUUCCAGGGAGAGGACUGACAUGGGUUGGGGGGAUUGAUCCUGCUGAUGGAGAUGCAGAUUAUUCCUCUUCAUAUCAGGGAAGAUUCACAAUAACAUCUGAUAAGUCCAUAAACACAGCAUAUCUACAAAUAGAAAAUCUGAAAGUGGAAGACACGGCCACAUAUUACUGUACUAGACACAGCGAUUAA